CACGAUCUUCACCCGCACACGUCAGCAUCAUCGUUGUCAUUCGUCGUUCCACUGCCAACCACAACAACAACCACCACCACCGCCAUGAAGAAGAUGAACCGCGAACUGAAGAUGGCACUGCUGGUGCUCCUGUACACAUUACAGGGCAUUCCCAUGGGUCUGGCGGCCAGCAUCCCGUUGUUGCUGCAGGAGCGGACAACCAACUACGGCUCCCAAGCCCUCUUCAGCUUCACGUCCUGGCCCUUCUCCCUCAAGCUCCUCUGGGCUCCCAUCGUGGAUGGGCUGUUCGUGCGCAAGUUUGGGAGGAGAAAGACGUGGUUGGUGCCGGCGCAGCUGCUGAUUGGCUUGCUCAUGCUGGUGGCUGCUCAGCCCAUCGACGCCAUGCUCAACGCCAGCGAGCCCAACAUUCACGCCAUCACCGCCAUCUUCUUUGUCCUCUACUUUCUGUGCGCAACCCAAGACAUCGCCGUGGAUGGAUGGGCGCUCACCAUGCUCGACGACAACGAUGUUGACAAGGCAUCCAUAUGCAACUCCCUUGGCCAGAGCCUAGGUUACUUCACGUCGUACCUUCUCUUCAUCGCCCUCAACGACACCAGCGUCUGCAACAAGUACUUUCGCAGCGUUCCCUCCGAUGAGCCGCUCGUCACCCUGGGCGAUUUCUUUGUCUUCUUCGGCAUUGUGUUUCUGGUCACCACCAUCAUUGUUGCCAUAUUCAAGCGUGAGGAGCCAACACGAGAGCACAAGGCUGAGAUCAGCAUCGCGGGAUCGUAUGUGAAGCUGACACAACUGCUCAGCCUGCGCCCGGUGCAGCUGCUGGGCCUGUUUCUCCUCACGUGUCGUCUUGGCUUUGUCUGCCUUGAGUCGACAUUUGCUCUCAAGCUGCAGGAGUUUGGCGUGCCCAAGGCAGAGAUUGCUGCUCUUGGACCUCUCGCUUUUCCCGUCCAGCUGCUGGUGCCGCCGCUGAUGGGCCGGUUUGCGGGUCGGCGGCUGGCGCUGUGGACAAAGUUGUAUCCAAUCCGCAUUGGUCUUGGCAUCUUGCUCUUGUGUGGGGCGCUGUAUGCGCAGGUGUAUCUUGCGCCGCGGGCAGAGGGCGGGCACGCGCCGCUGACUAUGAUGGAGUGGGUGGUGCUGCUGGUGCUCAACCUCACGUCGAGUGCACUAUCCCAGGCCAUGUUCACCCUGCAGAUGCAGUUCUACUGCCAAAUCAGCGACCCCUCCAUCGGCGGCACAUACAUGACGUUCCUAAACACGCUGACGAACCUGGGCGGCAUCUGGCCCGCCACCAGCAGCAUGUGGCUGAUUGGACAGCUCACAGACUGCACCUCCGACAUGGACGCGCACGUGUGCUCAGAGCGCAAGAAUAGGUUCUACAUUGUGGCCAGUGGCACCCUCGUUAUCGGGCUGCUGUGGUAUGUGUAUGCGGCGCCGUGGUUCCGUCGCUUGGAGACGUUGCCACCUUCCACGUGGCACAUUGCCGGCAGCAAGCGCACAGAUUGACUCCCAGUGCAGUAACGACACACAACAAGCAGGACACCUUGCUCGUCUUGCUUUUUGCUUGCUUGCUUACUUGCUUACUUGCUUGUCUGUAUGCUUGUGAUUCCAUCAUCACAACACCCAGCUGCGUUUCGACAGAAUUGAACUGAGCAGCAACGUGCA